GCUAAAUUUGAGUACAAAGGAAAUAAGGCUGACUUAAUAGAGCGCCUUAUGAUUGCUAGUGAUUUGACUCAACAACGCCCAAACAAUUUGAGUAAGGGUAGUGAAAGUUUGGAAAGGGAGAUGUUUGAAAACACUUACAGCACUGAAAAAAUCAAUCAAGAGAACAAAUUACGUUGUAAAAGCCCAUCUUUCAGUAUACUAUCUAAGCUUUUUAGUAAUGAUGAGUCAUAUAACAAAAGACAAAAACGAGUAAAAAGGGAGGCCAAAGACUUGACUGAGUUUGAAAUAUUGCUAAAAGAGAUUAAGCUUUUGCGUAAAGAUAUGAAUAUCAUUACGGAAUGA